AGACACGGCUUUCCGCCCUUUCCCGUUUCCUAUCAUCCGCAGUCUCCCCCAUUCCCCUUCCUCCCCCGCGUCCGCCCGCCGCCGCCGUCACCGUCUGCCCCACGCCGCCGUGUCCGCCGCCGCGUCACGAACUCACGAUCCCUCGCCGAUUCGAGCCAGGCCCGGGCCUCUGUACACCCUCGCGCGCGGCAGGGGCGAUGGCGCACCCGAUGUACGGCUCCGGCCCGCUCCGAUCCAGGAACGCGGCGAGCUCGGACGAGAUCCAGCUGCGGAUCGACCCGGUGCACGGGGACCUCGACGAGGAGAUCGACGGGCUGCACUCCAGGGUCCGCAUGCUCAAAGGGGUGGCCCAGGAGAUAAAUUCUGAAGCCAAGUUCCAGAAUGAUUUCCUUAACCAAUUGCAAAUGACCCUUGCAAAAGCUCAGGCAGGAGUGAAGAAUAACAUGCGAAGGUUGAACAAGAGCAUCAUCCAGCAGGGCUCAAAUCAUCUUCUCCAUGUUGUUCUCUUCGCUCUGUUUUGCUUCCUGGUUGUCUAUCUCCUGUCAAAGUUCUCUAGAAGAUAGUUUCAUUGUCAGGUGGCAUCAAAUCUAGGAUACCUUGAGUUGUAUGUAGUCUGAAGAAAAAAUAUGAUAUCUGUUGUACUUCGUGUCUCAUGACAAACCAGAAAAAAGGAGGGGAAUUAUUACUCUUAUAAGGUCACUUCUAACCUCAUCGACUGAUCUGUUUGAGGUAUUAUACUUGUUAAGGUGAUUGCAUCGGGCACAGAUUUGUGUUAAGCAAACGCUCAGUGUAUCGCAGCCCUCGAGCACAUGCAACGGUUGAGUGUGGAUCAAAACUAUCACAGGAGCAAGAAAGCUUCAAUUGAUCAUGUCGCUUGGAAAUGGAAACUGUAUAUAGCUUGUACGUGAAUCCAUUCUGGAUUGUUUUUAUAAGAUUUUAUUUCAUUA